AUGUGGAAGCUCCGUCCAGCAGCGCUCACGUCGCCAAACUAUGCGACCAUGACGGUCGAAACCUUGUACGAGUUGUACAUGCAAGAUAAUGCCAGAGCCACCAAGGAGGGCGUUUGCGUUCCUCCCAAACCCACACCACGGUUACUUCGAACAUGCCAAUGGAACGUUCACCAAUUUGAACCCUCGGAAGAAGUUCCCGACGCACAUAAACUCGCUCGGAGGAUUGCCGAUCGAGUUUUGGAAACCAAUGCCGAUGUCAUUAUACUCAAUGAAUUUGGCGUCAAGCCGCUUGUCACAAACAAGUCCCUCAAGAGAUCAUGGAGUGACCAACCCGCCGAUAUCCGUCGAGAACGGCUGGAACGACAUGGGUACACAUUCCACACUUCGUCUUGUUACUUUCCAAUGGUGGUCGCUACCAAAUUGCCAGUUGUAGGACCUGUUGUCAAAUUUGGCUUGGAUAUGUCUCGAGCCGUCGUGGCGGUUCCCGUAGCUCCACCUCAACACAACAACAAAAGCAACAAGGGCACAACCACCACGACGCCAUUGUGGAUCUAUGGAACCCAUUUAGAGGCUGGUGACGACGCCCAAGGCAAAUACCGACGAUCCGAAAUGAAACAGUUCCUGGCGGUUUUGCAAAGACAUCCGGAACUGAGCCUAGAAUCCGAGAAUGUUGGUGGUGGGGGACUUCAACCAACAAAGAGUCCAAGAUUACACAACAAGAGAAUGGGAACGCAUUUGUGA